CCAGCCGCCAGAGGCGGGUCGGAGUUGAGCACUUGAGUUCCCCAUCUCCCAUCCCUCAGCUCCCGAUCGCCGCCGCCACCGCUCCAAGGAUCCCGGACUCUUCCCAGAUCGGCGCCAUGGUGUCGGACGCCAGCAAGAAGAAGGCCGCGCAGAAGAAGGCCGCCGCGGCCGCCAAGAGGGGAGGCAAGGCGGCGGCUGCGUCGUCCUCAUCGUCAUCCGCGUCGGCUGCCACGGCCGCCCAGAAGGCAGCGAACGGCGUGGAGGCGCUCAAGCUCUCCGACCGCACCUGCACCGGGGUCCUCGCGUCCCACCCGCUCUCCCGCGACAUCCACAUAGAGUCUCUUUCCUUAACAUUUCAUGGGCAUGACCUUAUUGUGGAUUCUGAGUUGGAACUGAACUACGGGAGGCGAUACGGUUUGCUUGGUUUGAAUGGAUGUGGAAAAUCUACUCUUCUCACAGCAAUAGGCUGCAGAGAACUUCCUAUCCCUGAACACAUGGACAUAUACCACCUCAGCCAUGAGAUUGAAGCUUCAGACAUGUCUGCACUACAAGCUGUUGUUAGCUGUGACGAAGAAAGAGUGAAGUUGGAAAAGGAAGCUGAAAUUUUAUCUGCACAGGAUGAUGGUGGUGGUGAAGCUUUGGAUCGUAUAUAUGAGCGUCUAGAUGCGAUGGAUGCAUCAACUGCUGAAAAGCGUGCUGCUGAGAUACUAUUUGGUUUAGGCUUUACCAAGCAAAUGCAGGCAAAGAAAACUCGGGAUUUUUCUGGUGGUUGGCGUAUGAGGAUUGCUUUGGCAAGAGCACUGUUCAUGAAUCCAACAAUCCUUUUGCUUGAUGAGCCCACAAACCAUCUUGAUCUUGAGGCGUGUGUCUGGUUGGAAGAGAUGCUAAAGAAAUUUGACCGCAUACUUGUCGUGAUAUCACACUCUCAAGACUUUCUGAAUGGAGUGUGCACUAACAUCAUCCACAUGCAGAACAAGAAGCUAAAGUUGUACACUGGUAAUUAUGACCAGUAUGUUCAAACCCGCUCCGAGCUGGAAGAAAAUCAAAUGAAGCAGUACAAAUGGGAGCAAGAACAGAUUGCUUCAAUGAAAGAGUACAUUGCACGGUUUGGUCAUGGUUCUGCGAAGCUCGCACGCCAAGCUCAGAGCAAAGAGAAAACUCUUGCAAAGAUGGAGCGUGGUGGUCUCACUGAGAAGGUUGUUAGGGACAAAGUACUGGUGUUCCGCUUUACAGAUGUUGGCAAACUUCCACCACCAGUGCUACAGUUUGUUGAAGUCAAGUUUGGGUAUACACCAGAUAAUCUGAUAUACAAGAGCCUUGACUUUGGUGUUGAUCUCGAUUCUAGAAUUGCACUGGUUGGUCCCAAUGGGGCUGGAAAGAGCACUCUUCUGAAGCUCAUGACAGGUGACCUGUCUCCAUUAGAUGGCAUGGUCAGGCGCCACAAUCACCUGCGCAUUGCCCAGUACCAUCAACAUCUCGCAGAGAAGCUGGACCUGGACAUGUCGGCCCUGGCUUAUAUGAUGAAGGAAUACCCUGGGACAGAAGAAGAGAAGAUGAGAGCUGCAGUCGGUAGGUUUGGCCUGACAGGGAAGGCGCAGGUGAUGCCAAUGAUGAAUCUCUCUGAUGGGCAGAGGAGCCGUGUCAUCUUUGCAUGGCUGGCAUAUAGGCAGCCGCAACUGCUGCUGCUUGACGAGCCGACGAAUCACCUGGAUAUCGAGACCAUUGAUUCCCUGGCGGAGGCACUGAACGAGUGGGACGGUGGUUUGGUCCUGGUGAGCCAUGACUUCAGGCUGAUCAACCAGGUCGCUCAAGAGAUCUGGGUGUGUGAGAACCAGGCAGUAACCAGGUGGGAAGGUGAUAUCAUGGAGUUCAAGGCCCACUUGAAGAGCAAGGCUGGUCUAUCUGAUUAGAAGGCUUUGAAAAUUCUUCUCUUUGGAGAUUUAUUAUAACCAACCCUGAGUUUUCUAAACUCUAUUACGUAGUCCCGGUUUUGCAGUAGCAGAUUAUCGGAAUGAUCAUUAUGUAUCGGAUUCACUCCUUGACUUUUCAUCAGAACAAGAGUAUUUAUAGUACAUGAAAUAUCUAUCCACAUUUUUUGAAA